AAACCUCCAUUUUGAAAUGAUUUUUUUUUCAGAGUAAAAUGACGUUAGGGCAUAAUAAAACAUUUUACGCGAAACCAAUAGAAUUUGAAAGGUUUGCUGCGAGCGGUCAGCACGCUGAUGUAAUCCUUGUAACUAAGGAAAAUCUUCAUAUUUCCGCGCACAAGGUCGUACUGUCCCAGCACGAUUUCUGGCUAACACUGUUCCGAAGUAUAGAAUGUUGCUCAGGGAAUUGUUCUCCCGGGCCAACAAUGGUCAUGCUUCCAGACUACGAUUACAGAUCAAUUAAACUUCUGCUAGAAGGGUACUAUUCAGAGCGUGUUUAUCUCCGGUCGGAGAAUGAGGUGGAAUCCUUCACAUCUCUGAUAAAAUCAUUCUCCGGAGAUUUCGGAGCUGUCCCUGUAAAAUGCAGAAUUUGCGAAGAUGAUGUGAUGGAAAAGGACCUAGUUGAUCAUGUUCUUGAGCAUAUUAAACAGAGUUCCUCGGUCGACAUCAUCUCCUUCAACCGCAAUAAGGAUAUUGUCAGGUGCAGCUUUACUCACCCAAAAAUCUGCAGAAUAGAAAAGGACAGGAAAACCAUGACAAAUGGAAUUUUCAACAACAUAAACAUUGACAACGACGAGGGAAUGGUGGAACAAAUAAAGGAACACUACAGACGGCAUCUUAGGGAUGAAAUUGCGUACAUCAGACGAAGAAGUGCCCCAGGAAUGCGUAUACCCUCAGAGGAAACCUUGUACAUGCUUGCUGAGGUCCAGGUUGUAAGUAUGGAGAGUUCGGGAUUUUAUGUUGACAAAGAGAAAACGUCCAUCCUGAUAAAUAAACCUGAAUCUAAGAAAAGAUCUGGAUUGGAGGCCAACCUCCAGACUACGAAGCGUUCUCGAUUGGACUCGGAUAGUUCUAGCUCUUACUCCGGAGGAUUGUCCUCACCGGACGAGGACGGGGUUGAAACUGCAUCGGGUCCAGUUAAGAAGAGAAAACCCGUCAGCAGAGCAGGUUCAUCCAAAUCCCGAUCCCGUUUCAGCAGUGGUGCAAGCGACAUGGAGCAAGUAAGAUCUGACCGGAAAAAGCCAUGGCGGUGUAGAGAGUGCGGGAAAGAGUUUAAAUGGUUCAAAGGUCAUGUGAUCACUCACCUCUAUGAUGCCUGGGAUGUCCCUGAGUCGGGUCCGUACAUCUGCGACCAGGACAAGUGCAAGAUGACGAAGCUCUCUAAUAAAAAGAAUUAUAUCCACCAUCUGGGGACGGUACACAAACAGCUUGAACUCAAAUUGCGUGACCGAGGUGAAACCCUCUCCGACUGGCAUCUCGAGGACGAGACUAAGAAAAACGAGAUAAACCUGGGUCAACACUUGGUCAGUUCAGAACAAAAGAAGAAACCUUCUGAAAGGUCGAUCGAAGAUGUUAAACCGAAGAAGAUCAAUAACCGACGAUCAUCUAGUACCUCAACUGGUAGACAGAGUACAGACGAUCAAGAUCAACCAACCAAGAAGAGAGCACUGUCUGGAAGUAGUAAAAGAGGAUUGGAUAACACCUCCGGAAAAGCCAAGAAACCGAUUACGGAUUUGGUUCCGAGAAUACUGAAACACCUUCCUUCCUCAUCUGACUCAGAUUCGUCCAAAGGUUCCGUUAGCAGUGAGCUGAGUGUGGAAAAUCCAGUACCUGCAGAAAAUAUUGAAGAUUCUACCGGAUUAAAUCCACUAAACGCCGGAUCCGGAUCUGAUAAGAAUACGGGCUUGGCGCCUGACGUCGAAUCUUCGGGUGAUGAUUUUGCUCCAACUAAGUCUAGAACUGCUGUGAGAAAAAAUUCCGCGAAUUUUGGAGCUUGUGGGAUCAAAGAUUUUGAUGACUCUGAAAAUGACCUUCUCCAAUCCUCAAGUGAUGAGAAUAUAAAGGUGGAGAAGGAAAAAGGCGGAGAGGAAAAGAAGAUAAACGAGGAUGGGAAAGAGGACUGCGACGACAAUGAUGAGGAUCAUAGCGACAGUGAUGACUCCGUUGAAACAGUAAUGAAUGAAGAUCUGUUCGAGGCCCAUGACAAUGUUGUGCUAGAUUUUGAUUAAAAAUGCUGAAAGUUGCCUUAAACUAUGCUAGUUCAAAUGUACCGUAUUGAUAUUUGUUCUUAAAUCAGACCAGUCCCCCCCCCCCAAAAAAAAAUGAAAAACUUCUUUUAAAUUC